AUGAGUUAUCAUAGAACUAAUGGUGAUUCAAACCACUUACACCCUGAUUACAACAACAACAACACUAGUUCAAAUCUAUAUAGAAUGCCAUCAGAUGAUUAUGAUGAAGAUGAUAAUCUGUCAUUGGAAUUUUUAGAUCAUAAUGUGAGCCAUAUGAGUAAUACACCCUUAACUCAAGGUGUUUAUACUAAUCAUCACAAUAAUAUAUCUUCGCAUUCGAUGAAUUUUAAUGAACCAGCACCGCCUCCUAUAUACCAUCAAAAUCUAUCAACUGCUUCAUUACAUCAUGACAGCUAUUACAAUCAACCUAUUUUCAAUGCUCCGCCACAAGUACAAGGAGAUCCAUUUCAGGAAGACUAUGAGAUGCAAUACCAGGGGUAUAAUAGUAAUUAUAAUCAUGCAUUUGUGCCUCAUGUAUAUUCUGAUGAGGACCAAGAGGAAAGAGAGUUUGAUCAAAGAAUACAAUACAAUCAAUUUGAAGGUGACCAUUAUGACUUAGCUACUGCCAGUUAUGUUGUUGAUGAUGAUGCGCAGCCUGAGUUUGUUCCUGUUGGGAAUCUUAUUGAUGAAGAAGAUGAAGUGGUCCCUGAUAGUCCAUUUGGUGAUAACAAUCUUGAUGAUUUUCAACAGCCACCCGAACAAGAAGAGGUUAGAGCUAAAAAACCAAUUAGAGCAUCCGGUAUCAAUGGUCAUUUAGUACUUGAUUGUCCAGUUGCUGGUGAAUUGUUGUCCAAGUUUCCCGAUUACAACCCCGAUGAGAAAGAUGGAGGGUUAUCUAGAGAAUUUGCAUUUAUGAGAUAUACUGCGGUUACGUGUGGUCCAUCAAAUUUUUAUCGUGAUGCAUAUAUAUUAAGGCCGGUGCAUUAUCCUAUUCCAAGACAAACUGAGAUGAUGAUUGUAAUUACCAUGUAUAAUGAAGAUGAUGUAUUGUUAGGAAGAACUUUAAAAGGAGUUUUCAAAAAUAUCAAAUAUCUUGAAUCAAAAUCACGAUCUUCAACUUGGGGUAAAGAUUCAUGGAAGAAGAUUGUUGUUUGUAUUGUUAGUGAUGGAAGAACCAAAAUUAACGAACGUGCACAAGCAUUAUUGGCAGGAUUGGGUGUUUAUCAAGAAGGAUUGGCCAAAAGUAGAGUUGAUGAUAAAAAAGUACAAGCUCAUAUGUAUGAAUAUACUACUAGAGUGGGGAUCAGUUCAGUUUCUGAUGAUGUUGUCAAGCUCACUACGGAAAAAAUUGUCCCUGUACAAAUGCUUUUUUGUUUAAAGGAAACCAAUGCUAAAAAGAUUAAUUCUCAUCGUUGGUGUUUCCAAGCAAUUGGUCAAGUGUUGGACCCUAAAAUUGUUGUAUUGCUAGAUUGUGGUACUCAACCAACAGGUAAAUCUCUUUACAAACUAUGGAAAGAAUUUGAUAAUGAUCAUCGAGUUGCAGGUGCAUGUGGAGAAAUCAUUGCCUCGUUGAAAAAAAGACAAAUGAUUACAAACCCUUUGGUUUAUGGACAAAACUUUGAAUACAAAAUCUCAAAUAUCUUGGAUAAACCAACUGAAUCUUCAUUUGGUUUCAUAUCAGUAUUGCCAGGUGCUUUCUCAGCAUAUAGAAAUAUUGCAUUACAAAAUGAUAUCAAUGGUAGAGGUCCAUUGGAAAAAUAUUUCAAGGGGGAAUUCUUACAUUCUUCGGGUGAGUUGGAUCCUCAAGAUGAUGAAUAUGAAAUGAAACGGACUUUACUCAAGGAAGAAGCAGGGAUUUUUACAUCGAAUAUGUAUCUUGCAGAAGAUCGAAUCUUGUGUUUUGAAUUGGUGGCGAAACAAGGGUGUAAUUGGGUUUUGCGAUAUUGUAAAUCGGCAAGAGCUGAAACUGAUGUUCCAGAAAGAUUAGCUGAAUUUAUCUUACAAAGAAGAAGAUGGUUAAAUGGAUCGUUCUUUGCUGCCAUUUAUUCCCUUGUUCAUUUUUUCAAAGUUUGGAAAAGUUCUCAUUCUAUUAGUCGCAAGAUUAUGUUACAUGUUGAAUUUUUUUAUCAAUUGAUUAAUUUAAUUGUGUCUUGGUUUUCCAUUGGAUCUUAUUUCCUUGUGUUUCGAAUCUUGACCACUUCGUUAUCCAACUCCGAUUUGAAUUUUGCUCCUGGUAAUGUGUUGUCAGUGAUUUUCCUUUGGUUGUAUUUGGCAUCAAUUGUAACAACAUUUGUCCUCAGUUUUGGUAAUAAACCAAAGGGGACUGAACGAUUCUAUAUUGUUAUUGUUAUUUUCUUUGCAAUAUUGAUGGCAUAUAUGAUUUUUGCGGCAAUUUUCCUUGCUGUUCAUUCAAUUCAACAAAUUUAUGAAGAAAAAAGCUUUUCGGUGCUGUUGUUUUUUGAAAAUGCUCAGUUUAGAGAUUUGAUAGUGGCUACAGCAUCAACUUACGCCCUAUACUUUCUUGCAUCAUUCUUGUACUUUGAACCAUGGCAUAUGUUUACUUCCUUCAUUCAAUACUUGCUCCUUUCGCCAUCCUACAUCAAUGUUCUCAACAUUUAUGCAUUUUGUAAUAUUGAUGAUGUUUCCUGGGGUACCAAGGGAGAUGUUGGAGGUAAGUCAUUGGGUGAAGCUAAAUUACGUGAAGAUGGUACAUUUGAUGUGAGUGUGCCCAUUCUCAAGGAAGAAAUUAAUCAAUCUUACUUGAACCAAUUGGAAAAAAUCAGAGACCCAGCACCACCACCAGAAAAACAAGUUGAGGUCAAUACUGAAGAUUAUUAUGCCUUCAUUAGGUCAAUGACAGUAUUAAUUUGGAUGAUUUCCAAUUUUGUCAUUAUUGCCGUGGUCCUAGAGACGGGAGGUUUCAAUCAAUUGGAUGGUUCAGAAAGUGAUGGAACUGAUACCACAACAAAGACUACUCGACUGGAGGUUUUCUUGACGGUGAUCUUAUGGACGGUUGCUUUCAUGGCGUUGUUUCGGUUUAUUGGAUGUAUUUAUUAUUUGAUUAGUCGAUUAGGAAGAAGAAUGAGACGCAGCGAACACGCUACUAAAUAG